CUUCCGCCCGCUCGCCAUGGCGCCGGAAGAGAGCGGCUCUCCGGCCAGCCUGCUGCGGACUUUCCAGCGCGGCUUCCUGGCUGCGCGCGCGCUGCGCUCCUUCCCGUGGCAGGUGGGCCAGGCCGGGGGCGCCGACCCGCUCCCCUCGCGGCAUCCUCGCCUCGCACCCCGGCGCGGGAUGCCUCCCACGUGGGACCGAGCGCGGUGGCGGGGCGCCGAGUGUCCCCGGGCCUGGGGACCGGCAGGGUUGCCCGGGAAGCCUGCCCUCCGCCCCACGGGCCUCGGACCCGGGCCCGGGAACAUGGACAGCUUUGGGACGCUUAUUUCCUGAGAGAGGAGCCACAGCACCACUAGUGUACGCGGGGCGGGGACUUGAACUGGCAGCCUCGGCCUCUGAGCUACCCCCCCACCGCCCCCAGUAGGUAACAGUUGCACAUGCACCGCCUCGAGGUCCCUACGUGGGUGUCUCCUGGUGCAAAAUUUAAACCUUCACGGCAUCCACAGGCCCCGACAUCGACUCAAUCGCUCCUAGGAAAUGAGCUCUUCAUAGGAGGCCAUCCGUGCACAGUGCCUUGCAUGGGCUGACCCUGGCGCCCCUGAGGCGGGUGCUGUCAUCCGCGUUCUCGGUUGACCCCGAAGGUGGGCUGAGUAGGGGAGCUGGGAGACAGCCGGGCGCCUCCGAUGACUUUGCAUCCUGCCCAGCCUGGUGCAGCCGCGCUGUGUGGCCUUGGGAGCCUUGAAGAGAAACUAAGGGACUCAUCAGGUUCCGAGCUGCUGCUGGAUAUCUUACACAAGACCGUGAAGCAUCCUCUGUGUGUGAAGCACCCGCCGUCGGUGAAGUAUGUCCGGGCCUUUCUCUCAGAGCUCAUCAGGAAGCUCGAGGCUGUGCACGCAGAGCCCGUGGACGAGCUGUACGAGGCCUUGGCGGAGGUCCUGAUGGCCCCGGAGGCCACCCGAUGCCACCGGAGCUACCUACUGCCUUCCGGGGACUCCAUUACGCUGUCUGAGAGCACGGCCAUCGUGUCCCAUGGCACGACAGGACUGGUCACCUGGAAUGCAGGGCUGUACCUGGCAGAGUGGGCCAUAGAGAACAUGGCAGUCUUCACGAGCAGGACUGUCUUAGAGCUGGGUAGUGGGGCUGGCCUUACAGGCCUCGCCAUCUGCAAGACGUGCCACCCCAGAGCCUACGUCUUCAGUGACUGCCACAGCCGGGUGCUUGAGCAGCUCCAAGAGAACAUCCUUCUCAAUGGCUUCUCCUUGGAGCCGGGUGUCACCCCUCCUGCACAACAUUGUCCAGGACACGGUGCCUGUAAUGCGGAGAGCCUCACAGUGACCGUGACCCAGCUGGACUGGGAUGAGGUGACGGGCCCCCAGCUCGCUGCCUUCCAGCCCGACGUCAUCAUUGCCGCAGAUGUGCUGUACAGCCCCGAGAUCAUCCUCUCCCUGGUGGGGGCCCUGCAGAGGCUGUCCACUUGCCACAAGGACCAGCGGACUCCCGACAUCUAUGUGGCCUUCACCAUUCGCAACCCAGAAACAUGCCAGCUGUUCAUCACAGAGCUAGGCCAGGCUGGGAUCCAAUGGGAAGCGAUGCCUCGUCAUGACCAGAAGGUCUUUCCCUAUGAAGAACACUCAGAAACAACAAUCCUGAAGCUGACGUUGGAGGCCUUCCGUGCUUCAGACUAACCUGAAAACCGAGUCACUGUCCUAAAAGGAGCUUCCCAAGGGAAAGGAAAUAAAACCUUCACUGGACAGGGCCAGGUGGUGAUGCACCUGGUUGAGUUCACAAAUGACUGUGCAUCAGGACCCAGGUUCAAGUCCCUAAUACUGCGUUCAAACCCCUGGUCCCCACCAGCAGGGGAAAAGCUUCAUGAGGUGAAGUAGUGCUGCAGGUCUCUUGGUGUCUCUCUCCCUCCCUCCAUCUCCCCCUUUCCCUCUCAAUUUGUAUGCAAUGAAAAAAAAUUUUAAAAAACCCUUCACUGAACUUGAAUAUUUGGAGAAUGUUAAAUUCUGCACCAGGAAACAGAAUUAUUCCAGUAUACACAA